AUGGCACCUAGUACUAUUUCCAAGUUUUUCCGUGAAGUCAUGGGCCAGAAUUCCUACCAGAGCGAGUACUACGUGGUGCGCCAACCAAGCCAUCGCCGCCGCUCCAGAGCCCGCUCCGUUGAGAGAACUUCGAGGGAGUCGAGGCCUAGGAAAGAACAUCAUGUGCACGAGGUAGAAAUCCACCGAAAGCCCUCCAGACGACAUGGAGACAGAGAAAAGAAAGUUCGCAAGGAGUACGAGUACCGCUACGAGCUCUUUCAAGACGACUCGGAAACCGAGGGCAAUGACGACCUCAAACACGUUUCCUGGGCCCAAUGGCCUGACCUCCAAACCCAACUCAGCGACUAUCAAGCUCAUCAACCAGCAGCCGAGUAUCAGCCGGCCCCCCAGCCCUCACCCCAGUUCGAGCCCCAAACCGACAACCCGGACCUCCAACAAUGGAUCUCAGCCGAGCUCGCCCUCCUCUGGUCCUCCAUCGACCAACUCCAGCACGAAACCACCGAGCGAUCUGCUGCAUAUGACCCCUACCUCCAACAAGCAAUCCUAGCGUCCUAUGCCACGUUCAAAGAGGAGCAGAUCCAACCUUUGCUCGAUGAGAUCGCUCGCCUUGAGAGACAGGGGAAGGACUACGAGGAGCUUGUGAAGGAGCUGUUCGGUGUUAUCAGGGGAUACCAGGUUGAGCUGAGGAGCGUGUGGGAUAGAGAGGAGAGAGAACGGAAGGAGAAGGAGGAAAGAGCUGGAAGAGCGGACCGGGAGAAGGAGAGGAGGCUGGCAGAAGAGGCAGGACAGCACAGGCGAGAGUGGGAGACUUUGCGGGAUCUCUCCGGGCCUACCUUGGCUGGAAUAUCGGGAUCGAACCCCCCUUCUCCUACAGGGAGCGCCCCUCCGCCUUACGAUGGACAGGUGCCGACCGAGAUUCCACCUCCCGCUCCUCAGGCCGUGCCCACAGUCCCUGCUCGCCCGCCGAAGGAGCUCGAACAAGCUCAUCAGCCAAGGGUCCGCUUCGAAGAAAUCCUCCACGAGAUACCCGCCCCACGACACUACACCGACGAUGAGUACGAGUACGGUCCCCGCGACCACCGCCGGAAAGAACGGGGCCGGGCCUGCGGCCGUGACCAUCACCGCGACCACCGCCAUCACGACCACGACCGCGAGUACGAGUACACAUACGACUGGCCACGGUCUUCUUCAAGAGAGACGCACUUCCACCGUGACCGUGAUUGGCACCCCGACGACAUUCGCCACGGGAACGGGCACAAAGACGGACACCACCACCCUCGGGACCAUCACAACGACCGCCAUCAUCGCCGGCACCAACACGAUAACCGGGCCGAGCGCCCUUCUGACGACCGCUUGACUGAUUGUAAUAUACCUUCCCCAAACGCUCACUGGGACCCUCGUCCACGAACCGGACGGGCCUUUGCACCUCAUGCACCAGAAUUUGAUGUCCCUCGCCCCCGUCGGCGGCACUCAGUGAGCUACUCCCCGCAGACUUCGCAUGUCAGCCCGGGAUCGGGAUCGGGUUCGGGUUCGGGCCACGCGUCAGAUUGGCGAGGGCGGAAUCCGCACUGGCUGCCUCCGGUGGAUGGUGAUGUAGAUAGGGAGGGGGAUAAGUACCCGAGGGGAUGGAGGGUUGUGCGGUUCGCUGUCUGAUUGGUGUCGCCUUGAAGGCCGUUGGUGGGUAUUGGGACAUCGCGUGCUUUCAUGUUUGUGUGGCCGCUGGGCUGUCCGAUGUUGAUUUGGACUUCUACUUCUAAGGCGUCGAGUUGUGCUUGUUAUCGGUUGUUUGAUGUUCUUCUGGGACGUUUUCGCUACGAAGGAAUGAUGUGCGAUGACUGGGGGGUCAAGGGGGUGAAAGGCAGCGGGCGGAGGAGUUAGCUGCGAUCUUCUUUGUGUGAUGUUCAUUCGGGCCCAACUUAUUUUGUCGCGUUCUGCUUGAUGCUAUUAGUUCUUGGAUAAUAUCAUUAGACGUACCUGAAUUGCAUAUGACCACGAAUUCUGUCGUCUCAUUCGAAUUGUGUUGUUUCCGAAAAUAUCAAAUCGAUGGAUUUUGGCCCGAUUAG